UUUCGCGUUACCCCUUAUUUUUUUUCUUCCCUCCUUUUCUUUUUCCUCUUUUUCUUUCCCAUGCUUUUCCACUAUAGAGGGUUAACAGAGGGUUUUUGAAGUCUUUCAGUUCAUUUAUCAGCUAUCAUUUAUCUCACAUUAAUCAACCAAUUAGUUAUCUACAGAUCCAAACAUCACCAAAAGAUGGUGACAGAAAAAAAGGAAAAUAGUCCAAAACAAAGAAAUACAAACAUAACAUGUAUAAAACAGUAAACUUAAGGCUGAUCUGAAGCCGUCCAGACGAGUUUUCCUACAUAAUCACAUGAAAAAAGUGCCAAGAAAAGCAACAGCUGACAGGUAGAGAUAUGAGCCGUUAUCCGGAGAGAAAGUAAAAGAACAGCAGGUGAACAGCUGCAAGAUCAACUGAUACCAUUCAGCCUCUGUGCCAACCAACUCAACUCACAAUAGUGCACUGAUGCUCCAGUGCUUGCAUAUUUAAUGCCAUAAUUGAGAUGCAUUUGCAAUUAUGAACACAAUACACCAAGCUGCUUUACAGGAGAUCUCAGUCUUAUAAAGGACUUUAAAAUGACUGAAUGCGACACGAUGGAAAAAUUCCUCACAAAAGCAAUAAUCUCCAUAAUGAAUUAAAGGGGGGUUGUACAUAAGAACUAAAAUCUAAAAGUGAAAUUUAUAUUCUAUUUCUUAAAAAUAUUUGACUAUUAUUUCGCCCUAUACUUCCAGUACUCCCAGCAUGUGAACGGGGUCAGUAAUCUGACGCUCACAUGUCUCCCCUGACCGACAGGACACAUGCACAUCCAAGAGAGACCGCCAUUGAUGGCAGCUAAAUGAUGAAAUGCUGCCAUUAUCAGAGAACUAAAGGCCUCGCAGCAGCCGACACCUGAUCUGCCAUCUCUCUCUGCGGCCCUUUGUGCCAGUAUUUCAUAUCUGAAAUAUCUGCUUCAUUCAGCUGCAGUCCACAGCCAGUUUGCAAUGGAGCUGCAAGAAUGGGGAACAAACAGACCAUCUUUACAUCCCAGCAACUGGACGCAUAUCAGGACUGCACUUAUUUCACCAGAAAAGAAAUUCUGAGACGGUUUCAUCGAUACCGUGAUUUAGCUCCGCAGCUCGUGCCACUGGACUACAAAAACCAACCGGAAGUGCGUUUGCCCUACGAGCUGAUUGGCAGCAUGCCGGAGCUGAAGGACAACCCAUUCAGACAGAGGAUCGCUGAGGUUUUUUCAGAGGAUGGAGAAGGAAACAUGACCCUGGACGACUUUCUGGACAUGUUUUCAGUGCUGAGUGAAAUGGCUCCACGGGACCUGAAGGCAUUUUACGCUUUUAAAAUCUACGACUUCAACAACGACGACUUCAUCUGUAAAUCAGAUCUGGAGAAAACCUUAAACAAACUGACGCGUAACGAGCUGACCGAGGAUGAGGUGAGGAUGGUGUGUGAGAAGGUGAUCGAUGAAGCUGAUCUGGACAAUGACGGCCGUCUGUCUCUUGAGGAUUUCCAGAACAUGAUCGUGAGAGCGCCGGACUUCCUCAGCACCUUCCACAUCCGGAUAUGAAAAUCAUCUGAACACUGAACCACAGGAAAAUUAUUUUUUUAUAAGUUGAUGUAAGAUCUUUCGCUGCAGAUGAAGUCAGGUACAGAUGUUGGUUUACAUUACCAAUUCAAAAUACAGGAAUAAAGAAAGCACCUGUACAAAUAUAAGAAGAAUCCAAUAUUAAAACACAAUAAUGUACUUUUUUUUUUCUAUUUGGAUGACCGACAGCAAAUCCAGCACCUGAAAAUAAUGCAUCCGUCAGUAUUAAACAAACACAUAUCCAUCUCUUAAAAGAAUCUUAUUUUAAUAAAUCAAAAGUACAGAUAUCUACAAAAACUGUAGAUCAGUUUUUCAACGUUUUAGAAAGUACAGUACAAUUUAAGCAGAUCUCCUUUUAGAGUUAUUUACAAUUAUUUCUUUUAUACCAAAAUGUAAUUUACCGAUCUCCCCAGAUACCUCACAAAUCGACAAAUGAAAACCUGGUUGUAUAAAAAGAAUCUGUAAAUGAUAUGGAUGAGUCGUUUCAAAUCGAGAAAUAUGAGAAAGACCAACUAAACAGCAAUAA